AUGCCUCCUCAAUGGACAUCAGAUGACAUGAAGAAGCUAGCACGGGAGAAAGAAGAAGAUGACGAGGUCAAAGCAAUUAUCAAAGAAGCGGUGAAGAAACAACACAAGGCUCACAAUCAAUCCAAACAAUGUGCAGCGUCAUCUACAGUUGAUCCAAUCAAAAUUUGGUCGACGCAACGUCACAACCACGAGAACGAAGCUGCAGAAGAUAAUAUUGACAUGCAAGGAUCAACGCCUCGAAGUCAUAUAUCGGACUUCAAUAUGGCAUUGCCUGGCCUUCAGAGCCACCAUGACGAUGCAAAUCCUGAAGAUCAGGAACCAUUACCGCAGCUGGAUGAUAUCAAGGUUGAUUAUCAUCCUCACAGCCAGAUUCUGUCCACCAUUCAUCAUUUCGCUGAUUUCUCUCGCACAUGUCCCAUGGAAGCUUCAGUACCUCGGAAUCAUGCACUAUGGGAACCAUUCCGAACACGGCUCAAUUUUGAGGUCACAGAAAUUGCCCUUGAAGCUGCACUCACCGCAGAGCAAACCAAUUGUCUGCUUAGUCUCGUUCAUCAUUCCGCACGUAGGGAUGAAACCUUUACACUACAAAACUGUGGUGAAGUCCAGGAGUUGUGGUCAACCACUUCCCAAUGCUUCACACCAGUAGGCAAAUACAAGUUCAAUUAG